GCAGGCUUACUGGGAAGAGGUUCACAAUAUAGGCUCUUGGAUUAUUAGCAGAAAAACAAGCUUGAUUCUGGAAAGGAAGGGAAGAAGAUAAAAGAAAAAAAAUUUCCUCAUUGUGAUCUCCAAGUGAAUUCCAUGGAUUCUCUACUUUGGAACAACCACCAGUAGACAGAGAGCUUGAAAAGAUGGAGCUAGGAAAGGCAAAGCUGCCGAGAACUGGCCUCAAUGCUUUAUAUCAGGCCAUCCACCCCAUGCAUGGAAUAGCCUGGACAGACGGGAAGCAAGUGAUACUGACUGGUUUACACUAUCAUAAUGGAGAGCUAAAGUUUGGAGACUCAAGCGUGGUUCGUCAAUUUGAACAUGUUUAUGGUCUUUAUUGGGGCCCAUGUUGCUCUACAGACACCCCAGCUUUGCUCGCUGUUCAGCAUAAAAAGCAUGUUAGUAUUUGGCAGCUGGGCUACAGCACUGCAGAGAAGAACAAACCCUUGAUUUCUCAGACGUGUGAAGUUGGUGAGCCGUUUCCACUGCUUUCUCAGGGUUGUGUCUGGCAUCCAAAGAAGGAGGUCUUGGCUGUGCUUACAAAAAGAGAUGCUUCAGUCUUGCAUGCUGUUCGUACUGACAAUACCAGAGUUAAGGCACAUAUCAAAAGCAGUGGGCUUAUUCACUGUGCUUGCUGGACUAAGGAUGGUAAUCGUUUAGUAAUUGCUAUAGGGAGUGCCCUGCAUUCCUACAUAUGGGAUGAUGCUCAGAAAACUCUAAAGACCUGCUCCUUUUGCCCAGUUUUUGAUGUAGGAGGUUAUAUCUGUGCUGUAGAAGCCACACUGGAUUUCCAAAUUGCUGUAGCUACCGAGCUUCCUUUAGAUAAUAUCUAUGGUUUGAAAGCAGGCAUUGCAUUUGAUAUUCUAUCUGGCACAGAAACUGGUUCUUUAGUCUCACAGUCUUCUCUGGUGUUUGGUGAUGAGGAAUACUCCAUGGACCUGCGAAGAAGGUCCACAGAUUCAGGUAGAUCAGGUGCUGAUUCAGAUGCUUCUUCUUCAUCAGGUCCUGUGGAUUUAACCCGUAUCCUUGCAAACCACCGUCGAUCUGAUCCCGGUCCUCUUAUUACUCUGAAACGCAAAAACUCUGCAGCAACAGAUGGUCAAGAUUCUUCUCAUCUGAUCUUGGUGACUUUUGAGAGGAAGGUAACCACCACCAGAAAAGUCACUAUCCCUGGUAUUCUGGUUCCUGAUAUAAUGGCUUUUGACCUUAGAGCUCAGAUUGUGGCAGUAGCCUCUAAUACUUCUAAUAUUGUUUUGGUGUAUUCAGUAACCUCUUCCUGCAUGCCUCGUAUUCAACAAAUCCAGCUGGAAAAAAAUGAAAGACCAAAGGGCCUCUGCUUUUUGACUGAUAAACUUCUAUUGAUUCUGAUCGGCAAGCAAAAGUUCCCUGAGCCUAGUCUUAUUCCAUCUUCAAGCUCAGACAGGUAUGUAAUGCGUCUGAUGAUCAAAGAAUUGAUGCUUGAAGAAGGUUCUUCAGCAUUGUCUGAGACUAAGCAGAAUAUGUUUUAUAACUUUGAAUCCUCUGUUAAUAUACCUGGAAAAAGAAAUCUCUUUGAAAACCUUGCUACAGAAGACCAACCUCAAAACAGGGGUCUGUUAAUACCAAGAAGCACAGUUAUUCAAUCUCCUAGUGGCAGAAGAAGACUCACUGAAGAAGUAAAGAUCCCUAGUUAUGAUCAGAGCUCUUCAUCAAGUGUGAGUGACCUGGAUGAAAAAAGGCUCCCAGGCGACCUCUCAGUGGCCUUGGAAACAUCGGAUGCUGAACCUACCAGUUGUUCAGUGUCUCUUCCUGGUUUUGGAACACCUACCAGGCUUUCCAGCAGACCAUCUUCCCCUAAAGUGCAGUUCAAUGUGAUGCAAGAAACAUCAAGUUCUCAAAAGAACAAUUUGUCAAGUGAAGAAGGAAUGAGUCACAUAUCUAGAAAUUUAGAGAGAAUUUGUGGCAGCUUCAAUGAGCUACAACUAAGUCUUUCUGAAAUAACAGACUUUGCUAAGAAUGGGAGGAGGAUAUCCUUAGCCUAUCCAUGUUCACAGGAACCGCCUGUCAUUCAUGUCACUUACCAGAAAAGUUUUUCAAAUGGAGCAGUUACUGAAGAAACAAAAGACAUUCUCCUCUGUAAUGGCAAGAUCCAUUUGAACUUAGUACAGCAGCUGUUUCAUCUGGCUGUUAUUGAAAUGAAACAUGGCUCUUCUUGGAUUGUGCUCACUGCAGACAAGGACGGCUUUGUGCCAUUAAUAUUCAAAGCAACACAAGAGAUAAUCAUAAGGGAUGGAACUGACAGUUCAGAAGUCCAUGGAGGUCACUCCUACAAGAAAAGCAUUCAGUGCGACCACCAAGCAGAGUGAUGUAAUUUCUGAACAAAGAACACUAAUGACCUUCUUUUCUAAUAAAACACAGAGACAUUCUUCAGUGUCAGAAACUGAGUGACUAGAAAGCUGUCUUCAUUACUUUCAAUGUAUUUUAACUGUUAAGUCUGUGGCAUUGUUACACUAUAGCUAAAUCCUAGGGUUGGCUGGUCUCUCAUGAUUUUUCCUGAAGGAUCAAACCUAGGGUGAAGUUUACCACAGCUGCUGCUAUUAAUGGCUGCCUGUGGACUGGAGCAGAGAGACUAACCUCUACUUUAACUGUGGUCAGGAUGUUCUUGGAGAAACAAUAUUAUGCUAAAAAUCACGCAGUAACAACAAGUCUAGCUAAUACAGGUGUAGAGUCCACCCAAAAGCUCAAGAAAAUACAACUAAAUUAAUGAAAACUGGGAAGGGGAAAAACCCCACCUGCUUCAGGCUCUCUUUGUUGUUCCAGUUGGAUCCCAUGGAAACCUACGUUUUCAGAAAUGCUUAAUUUUUAUAUAAAAAUGUUCAGUUACUAAAAAGGCUGCAUCACAGGCUCUUGGCAGUGUCUUACACAGCACAUAGAUUUAUACAUGCACACAGAAGAGAAACAAAAAACCUUGCAAGGUAAAUUAAGGAUCAAAGACAUUGAAUGUAAAUUUCAUUUGGCUAAAUGCUAGUGUCUACACUGAACUUGUCAUCUAGAUUACUGUAUGAUCAGUCAAAAAAA